AUAAUUGUGCAUGUCGAAAAGUCUAUGUGCUCUUUGGCUUAACCUUUUUGCUGUCGAACGAAAAAUAAUAAAGUAAUCAUAAAAAUAUUGACAUGAGAAAUGGUGGAAGAAGUUGUGACUUAUAGCAAACCUAAGAGCAAGUCUGCAAGACCCAGGCCGGUGUACCUGUGGACUGUUUCUGAGGUGCAGAAGUGGUUGAGACGUCACUGCAGUGAUUAUUAUCCUCUCUACGCAGACAAUUUCCUUCAGCGAGACGACCGGCCCCUUGCCUUGCAGCACGAGAUCACGGGCCGGACGCUCAUCCGGUUCAGCGACACGACGCUGGCGCGACUGGGGGUGGAGGACCCGCGGCACAGGCAGGAGAUAUGGCGGGAGAUCACCAAGCUGCGGCUGAAGACGGACAUCAUCGAGAUCCGCGACCUGCAGCGUCGGAACAACAAUGAGCCGUGAGCGGGGGCCUGGCGUCCGGCCGGCCAUGAAGCUGGAGGACGAGGACGUGCUGGUGCUGUCGACCUUCCUGUCCGUGCUCUGGCUGUACGAGCGCAACCGCCGCGUCACCGCGACGCGCCUGUUCAGGCUGCGCAGGCGGCGACGUCUCCUGCGCUUCGCCAUCUUGAAGUACUUCCAGCAACAGGUGUGACGCAUCGCCAGGGUGCACUCCUUUUGGGAGUAACAUAUAUUUUUAUAUUUCACGUGACACGUUUUAGGUGAACAGAAAUGGUUUGAAGUACAUACAUACCAGUUUCACUCGUGAAGUGUAUGCCGUUUCAAAGCUUCUUAAGUGUUUGACUGAGUGGUUUAAAGUUGGCCGGGGACUACGAUUUCACUCUGGAGUUAAGUUGCCAGACACUUAGAGAGUGGCAAAAUUUUGGUCUGUGAAAUCAUCUAGCUCUCUGUGCAGUAGCAUUGUAUGGAGGGCAACUUGUGGGUAGACUGGUCUUGAGUGUAGUUAGCCAUCAAGUGGGGAUUAAUUUAUUUUAAACUUUUUUUUUUUAAUUUUAUAAUUUUUAAAAAUUAAAAAAAAAAAUGAAUAAUGAAAUUGUUACGAAACUCAGAAAUUUUGAAUUGUAACUAGGAUUUUACAUCAUGAUAUUUAUUUUUUGAAAUAUAUCAUCUUUAAUUGAUAUUUCAUACUGGUUAUUAAUUGAUCACUGUAAAGUAGGGUUGGCAGAUAUGUUAUAAAGAAGGAACGUUUGUUGGAAACAAAGCAUUUUCAACUUACCCAAUUUUUUAAAUGUGCCAUAGUAAGUAUUUUUUGACUGAAAGCACCUUUAUGUUAAAAAUACAUGAUUUUACAUUGUUAUUAUUUAAAUUAAAAACUAAACCGUCAAAUAACUGAUUUUAUGUUCCCGUAUUUUCAUAUUUUGAUGUUAAAAUUUAUCUGUGUAAAAACAGUUGAAUUGAUAACACCUUGUACAAAUCUUAGUAGUAUUAUCGCAAAAGUGCAAAGGAAGAAUGCAGUUUUAUUUAGUUAUUAUUGUAGUUAUUAAUUUUUUUUAGUUGGAUUUAUUUAUAAUAUUUGUAGUAGAACAGAGAAAGAUAUGAGAGCAGACAUAACAAAAAAGCACAAAAAUGAUCUUAUUAUAAAUUUUUUUUUUUUAGACUGAUGAUUGCAUGAGAGUUGUAUAAAUCAUACAUAUUUCUUAUUUAGAAUUAAUUUUUUAUAUUCUUUUAAAAAAAGUAUUGGACUGUUACAUAGUUAUGUAUAAUUUUGUGUAUUAAAAGCAUAAAUGCAGAAUGACUGAAUAGUAGGUAUUGCCUGUAUUCAUCUGAAAAUUCAAAAUAUUUAUGUUUGAAUUAUGUAUUUAUUUAUGUUUUCUGAAAUACAAAUGGUCACUUCUAGAGCUUCGGUUUUACUGCCAGGACUUAUAUUAAUUGGUUAAUUGAAUCUAUGACGUGUCUUUGUUAUAAGCAUCAAAGGUAUGUAUGUAUUUUAGAGCUGGGCAAGAAAAGAAUUUUGGUUCUAUAAAAUUUUAGACUGAAAAAAUAAAUUCUCAAUUUUA